AUUAUUUAGAUUGUCAAGAUACAUACAAUAUUUUUUUUGCGGAAGUAAAAAAUGUCAAAAAAAUGUUCUGAUCCGAGGUGUCCUUUGAAUAUAUAUCUGAAUGCCAAAGAAUUACAAAAACUUCAGGUAAAGCCAUGCGUAACAUUUUCUCCUGAUAGUGAACGAAAAAGUCGCAACGAAACUAAACGACCAAAAUGCGCGAAACUAAAGCCUAAAAAGUCACAAGAAAAAGAUGGUCGCUGUGGGAUAUGUUGCAGAAACAAAAGAUGUAGCAGACCUUUGGAAUCUACCACAGAACCUUCCACAUCCGCAGAUUCACUGAAAAAAGCACGACCGAAAAAGUCCGGAAUGAAAAAGAAAGCUCAUCGAUACGAAGAGGAAGAAAGAUGUUGCAAAUGCAGAAUAAAAAAUUGUAUCGAACCUAAGCAGAAGAAAAAAAAGCAAAAACGAUCUCGUUGUAAGAAAAAGGGAAAAUGUAGGUGGUUAAAAAACUGUCUCGGAACUAUUUUCUUUUGUUUUAAGCGUUCUAAGAAAUCUCGCUCUUCGCAUGUACUAUGUAAUUCAUCUCCACAGUACGAAUAUUGUUGCGCGCACAGAGAUGUACGUUAAUUAAUUGUCAUACUUCAUAAAUCUAAGAUAUCUCCAAAUAAAUACAUAUAAAUUCACAACAA